GCCGAAUUCUCAUUACGGUUUGGGCAAUUCCGGAACUUGUCACCACGCGCAUUCCUGUGGGAGUAGGCUAGACCAUGCAGUUCUUGCAUCACAGAUUUUCAUAUUCUAUUGUAACGUUUGAGAUUGUAACACAUGAGCAGGGUAUAGGGUUCCUCCGGCCGCCAAAGUCAAAGUGGA